CAUGAAGGCGGUAAUUAUCGGUGCGGUGCUGUGUGUCGCGGCGGCGGAGCGGCGCUUCCCCGACGGGUUCAAGUUCGGCACCGCCACCGCCUCCUACCAGAUCGAGGGGGCCUGGAACGCCAGCGACAAGGGCGAGAGCAUCUGGGACCGCUUCGUGCACUCCAGACCGGAGGCCAUCAGCGACCGGAGCAACGGCGACGUGGCCUGCGACUCCUACAACAACUGGAGGGAGGAUAUUCAGCUGCUCGAGGACCUUAAUGUGGACUUCUACAGAUUCUCGAUAUCGUGGCCGCGCGUGCUGCCGACCGGGUUCGCGAACCGCGUGAGCGAGGACGGCGCGCGGUACUACGGGGACCUGAUCGACGCGCUGCUCGAGAGAGGCAUCGAGCCCGUCGUCACGCUCUACCACUGGGACCUGCCGCAGACGCUCCAGGACUUGGGGGGCUGGACGAACCCGCUGAUCUCGGACUGGUUCGCGGACUACGCCCGUGUGGUCUUUGACCUGUACGGAGACCGCGUCAAGACAUGGGUCACCAUCAACGAGCCUACCGUCGUCUGCGACAUUGGGUACACCGGACACAUAGCUCCAGGGCUGGAGUCGGAAGGGCGCGGGUCGUAUCUGUGCACCAAGCACAUCCUGCUCGCGCACGCGAAGGCCUACAGGCUGUACGAGGCGGAGUACAAGCCUCAAUAUCAAGGGCAGGUGUCGCUGACCAACCAGAUGAUGUGGUUCGAGCCGGAGACUGAAGAGGACGCCGAGCUCACGGAACUCGUUAAAGCCAUUUCGAUCGAUCGGUACUGCCACCCCAUCUUCUCGGCGGCGGGGGGCUGGCCGCCGGCGCUGGAGCGCUACAUAGCACAGAAGAGCGCAGAAGAAGGCGAGCCGCGCUCCAGGCUGCCGCCCUUCACGCAGGAGGAGAUCGAGCUGGUUAGGGGGUCCUACGACUACCUGGGUCUGAAUCACUACACGACGCGCACGGUGCGGCGCGCGGGCGCGGGCGAGGAGGCGGGCACGUUCCUGUUCGACGGGUUCCAGGAGCUGGGCGUCGUGCUCGGCGCCAGGCCCGAGUGGCCCACCACCAUGUCGCACUGGUUCAUGGUGCACCCCGAGGGUUUCCGCGCGCUGCUGUCGUACGUGAAGCAGCAGUACGGCGACGUGGCCAUCUUCAUCCUGGAGAACGGUCUGUCCGACGCCGGGACGGACCUGGACGACCAGCCCCGGGUCGACUACUAUACCAACUACCUGGAGCAGGUGCUGCUGGCCAUGGAGCAGGACGGGGUGAACGUGGUGGGCUACACCGCCUGGUCGCUCAUGGACAACUUCGAGUGGAUGGACGGAUACCAGUGAGUACUGACCUCGAGUGUGAGCAGGUGCUGGUAGCCAUGGAGCAGGACGGGGUGAACGUGGCGGGCUACACCGCCUGGUCGCUCAUGGACAACUUCGA